AGCGAGGCUUCGGGCAGGAGCCUUCCGCUCGCCGCCUGGCGGCCGAGGGGGCGUGGAGAGCGAGCCCGAGGCGCCCUUCACCCUCCGGGGCCUCAGAGCUGCGGGGAGGCGCGGAAAAGCGGACCUUGGAGGCGCCAUGAGCCCGGCGGCGGAGACGCGACGCCAGCCACCACCUCCGCCUCCGUCGCUCCUGCUCCUUCUCCUCCUGCUGCUCCUCUCGUCCCCUUCAGGAGGAGAGGCGGACCCGGGUAAGCGUCGCCUCGGCCCCGCUAAAGGGAGGAAUUAGCGCGCGUUUCGCAUCUCCGCUGGAGCAAGAGUGCCUCUGGCCAUGUGCAGAGGGGAGCGCGCGGAGGCGGAGCUGCGCUCCAGCCACCGUGGAAACUGUGCAGAAGAAGGACGCGUUUCCAGCUUUCUUUCUUUAACUUUUCUCUAGCCCACCUUUAAAAAGAAACUUUAAGCUCGAGGAUGGUGGGGUGAGGGAGUAGCACCGAAAACCAAUUGUUGUUCCUAUGAGUUGUGUGAUUCUGUGUUGGCUGCCAUAGGAGCCGAGGUCCCUUCGGCCACCCCCAUUUUUUUUGAGGGGGUCAACCCCCCCCCCCCAAGUUGAUGCGCAUUGCCAUUCAGACGAUGUGCAUGUGAUGAAUUAUAUGGUGCAGGGAUUACCUUCCCCCCCCCCCAUUAAUUAAAAUACUUAACUAACUGACCAAUUGCAUCACAGAUAACUUGGUUCUGCCCCCCCCAACAUAAAGCCUCCCCCCCCCAAAUAAAUCCUGGUUAUGGCCAUGCCCCCCCUCCUAUUUUUUUCAAAUUCGCACCUCUGGUGGCUGCGCAUACUCUGGCUCCGGCAUGCUCCCUUGUUGGAAGUGGUGUGUGCAGGACAUGUGCUUUGAUCCAUAUCUGUCCUGUUGUUCCUGGAGAAAGAUGCCUGUUUGUUGCAUUUCUCCUCCAAGCAGCUUCCAUUGGAUUUGGAAAUUUGAGCCAUGUUUACUAAGCAGCAAGGUAUGUGUGUAUGUGUCGAAGACAGGCGUUACAUGUGCACAGAUGGUGACAGCUUUCACGAAAAGGGGUGGUUUUUUGGGGGUCUAGGGUGGGGAGAACCAGAGAAAGAAAACAGGUUCAAUGCACACCAGGUGAAGACAUCCCUGCCCCUUCUCUGGUGUGUACAACAAUACGUAAAUAUGAUGGGGGAACGGACGGACAACCUUGCCUCGUUUUAAGCUGCUAAUGCGUACAAAUGUAUAAAUAGCAGUUCUCCUGAAAACCGCCCACAUGUCUGCAGGGGGUUGCCCGCUUCCAGGUUUUGUUUUGAGCGCUCAGCUGUGCAUUUUUAGCAUUCCGAGUACAAUUUACGUCACAUCAAAUAACGGUGCUCAGUAUUUUCUUUAAAAUGUAUUUGCAUGUUAUGGAACCUUUGGGUUAAUGUCUGCAUUUAGCCUUCACUUUCCUUAAAAAUGCAAAUAGUAACCACUCAUGGUGGGUAGACUAAUAAUUAUUGGAAUCGCAGUUGGUGUUGUUCAAGAUGCUAAUCAUUUCCUCCCUUGCCGUGGCCCUGAAAAUUGCUGCUCCGAAACCAAGAGUUACUUGGGGGCAACGGAGUAAUCCUCAAAGAGUACUGGCUAACAUUUUUUUUUUCAAUCCCCAUGCUUGUGUUUGGUAGUUUUGCUCCUAGGCUGGCAGCAGCACAGUGCCAGAGAUGAGGGCAGAAGCUUAGACCAAGACUCAGUGUUGUAACUGGAGUGUGGAUUGCCCUGCUUUGGAGCAGAUAGUGGCAGAAUUAUUAUUUUAUUUAAAUUUAUAUGUUGCCCUUGCUUCCAAAGGAGCCCAAAGCAACAAACACAUCAGUGAAUAAAACAAUACAGUUAAAAAUAAAGUAAAACAAACAUCUGACAACAUUAAAAACAAUAUAAAAUAAUCCACGAGUGCUUGUUGCAUCAAUCAGGCUACCUCUUCUGUAGUUCAGAUUUCCUUCUACCCACCAAUGUAGAAUUCCAGUAAGAAUUCCAGCUGAUUUAUUGUUGUUGUUGGAUUUAUAUACCGCCCUAUGCCCAGAGGUCUCAGGGCGGUUCACAAAACAGAUCACAAUACAGUGGUACCUUGGGUUAAGUACUUAAUUCGUUCCAGAGGUCCGUUCUUAACCUGAAACUGUUCUUAACCUGAAGCACCACUUUAGCUAAUGGGAACUCCUGCCGCCGCCGUGCCACUGGAGCCCGAUUUCUGUUCUUAUCCUGAAGCAAAGUUCUUAACCUGAAGCACUAUUUCUGGGUUAGUGGAGUCUGUAACCUGAAGCAUAUGUAACCUGAAGCGUAUGUAACCCAAGGUACCACUGUAUAUAAAAUCAAAAUAAAAACAAUAACCCAAUAAUCCGCCCCUCCCCCAAGACUCACAUUUUAAAAGGGUAUAGGAUAUUGAUCAAGUCAACCAAAGGUUAGAAAGGAAUGUAUUUGCCUGGCACCUAAAGGUGUAUAAUGAAGGCACCCGGUGAACUUCCCUGGGGAGAGCAUUCCACAGACGGGGAGCCACUGCAGAGAAGGCCUUGUUCUCAGCUUGCCACCCUCCAGCCCUCUCAAGCAGGGAAGGAGGGCCUCUGGGUAGGUUCAUAUGGAAAGAGGUGGUCCUUGAGGUAUUGCGGUCCUGAGCCAUUUAAGGCUUUAUAGGUCAAAACCAGCACUUUGAAUUAGGCCUGGAAACUAAUUGUUAGCCAGUGCAGUUGGACCAGAAUCGGUGUAAUAUGCUCUGGUGAGCAACCUGGCCACUGAAUUCUGCACCAGCUGAAGUUUCCGAACCAUCUUCAGAGCCAGCCCUACGUAUAACACAUUGCAGUAAUUAUUAAUCCUUAGCUUUUUGUGGGAAUGAGCCCAUCCAGGCCUGUUAUCUGGAUAGAAGAAAGCUUGUGUCAUUAUGUCUGCCUUGCUUCUCUUCUCCUUGGCUCUAGAAGAACAUGGUGCUGGUAUGAGAACUAACAUUAUCUUUGUACCAGUGUUGCAGUUAUACUUGAGUGUGAUUCAUUGGGAGGCUGAAAAUGCCUCAAAUCUUAGUUGUCCAGUGCAUUGCUAGGUAAUUACCAGUAUCAAUUUACAGUGCUUUAUUUUUUUAUAGAUGCCACAAGUGCUUUACCUUCUGACGUGUGCGCCACUUGCCAUGCUAAUGCCACAUGCCAGCAGCGAGAUGGCAAAAACAUCUGCACCUGUAAUUAUGGAUUUGUGGGCAAUGGGAGGACUUAUUGUCAAGGUAAGUGGACAUUUGUGAUUCCUUGCAACUUCACAAAGGCAUGUGUGACUGAAACUGACACGGGGACAAACAGAAGAAGACGUCUUCACCCUGGUAUGGCUCCCCUUUAUCACAUACACAGCCCAACAGGACAAUGACAAUAAUCCACCAACAGCAUACAAGUCAAUAUGGCUAACCUGAUCCAAAACACCCACCCACCUCACUCACACACGAAAACAAAGAUCACCACAGCCAAUCACAAGCAGACAAUCACACCCUAGGCCAACCCCAACCUCUCUCACCACGAAAGGAACACAAGUGAACAACACAAGCAACGCUGACACCAAACUCUACACACAUUAAACAUAAUAGAAACACCGCCACCCGACCCCACCCCCAUCCAUCUUCCCUCUCUCCACCCCCCUUUCUUUUUUCCUUUUUUUUUUCUUCUCCCCCCUAAUGCCUCAACAAAUGAAAUGGAUUUGUAAAAUGUUACAUGAAAAAAAUAUAUAUACGAGGCAGUACACUUACUUCUGUAAAACAAGAAAAUCCUUAAUAAAAUAUUUAAUAAAAAAAAAAAAAAAAAAACAAAGGCAUGUGUGGAAUAACAAUUGAACUGUUACAAUUUAGGAUUUGUUAUAAUAACGCAAAGGCCUCCAGGGGUGAAUGGCGUGACAUACUGCUGCUCACGCAGAAUUGCUCAGAUAUACUCCAGAUAUUAAUAAUAUGCCUUUACUGAACAAACUGAACCCCAUGAAUCGUAGCUUGCAACUUUCAGUUUGCUCCGCUUCUUCUCUGUGAAAGUUUGUUCCCUUAAAGAGAUAGACACACCUACUAGAACAUAAACCUAUACAGUCAUACCUCGGGUUACAGACGCUUCGGGUUGCGUGAUUUCGGGUUGCGCACCGGGUCAAACCUGGAGGUACCGGAACAGGUUACUUCCAGGUUUCAGCUCUUGCACAUGUGCGAACCGCCUGUGUGCAGACGCGCAGGUCGUGGGUUGCGAACGCUGUGGGUUGUGAGCAUGCCUCCCGCACGGAUCAUGUUCGCAACCCAAGUGUCCACUGUAUAGAUAUAGGACGUUAGAGUGUGGCAAGGCAGGUUUUGUGAUGUGGGAAGCUUGCCCCACCAGCACUACCCUGGCAUGCUAGGUUGUCUUCACAGAUAGGCACAGAUUUACAUAUAAGAUAAACAAGCUAUAGCUUAGGGCCCCAUUCUCUUGGGGCCCCCAAAAAAAUUUAAAGGAAAAAAACCUCGAUGUACAUUUCCAAAAUAUAAGAUAAGAAACAAAUAAAAUAAAACCUACAUACAGUUAGAGCUUAAUAAUUAUUUCACUAUUCAUAUACUUCUUCUUAAUUGUAUUUCAGUUCAACAAUUGCUUUGAUAAAAUACCUAUUUUGUUAUGUGCAAAUGGCUUUCGAUACCUAUUAGGUCCAUAAAUUAGGUCCAUAUAGCAUAUAUUCAACACAAAAAACAGCGACAGUUUGUUGCUGACAAAGGACAGCUGGACAUAUUAAGGGCCCCAUUACCUUCAGUAGCUUAGGGCCUCAUCAAACCUAAAUCCAGCCCUGCAGAUAAGGACCCCCACAGGGGCUCACAGUAAAUUGGGUGAAUUAUCUGAACAAUGGGUUGUAUACAUCUAAGUUCUACUUAGAACAGACCCACUGAGACCAAUGGACUUUGGUUAGUAAUGUUCAUUAAUUUCACUGAGUCUAUGCUGAGUAAGGCUGAAAUAGUCUUCUUCCCAAGACAACCCCGAGCCGUCGAUGUGGUGUGGGUGGGUGUGACAAAAAAAUUUCCACACCGGGUACCACCUGACCUUGCUAUGCCUCUGAUGGAAUCAAUUCUCUUUUAACAAAUUCUCUUUUUAAUGAUGUAUAGGUGGUACUUAACCCCAGUAAAACUAGCAAAGAUUUACCACAACAGUGAUAAUCUUUGCUGGAAAUGUAAAGAAAAAGAAGGCACCUUUUUUCAUAUGUGGUGGACCUGCUCCAAGGUGAAAGACUUCUGGGAGAAGAUUUAUAAUGAAUUGGAAAAAAUGUUGAGAUAUACAUUUAUUAAGAAACCAGAGGCCUUUCUUCUUGGGAUAACAGGAAUGGAAUUGCCCAAGAAAGAUGUUAAAUUAUUUUUGUAUGCCACGACGGCUGCUCGAAUUUUACUAGCUAAGAACUGGAAAAUACAAGAAUUACCAACUGUGGAAGAUUGGCAGAUGAAGAUGAUGGAUUUUUUUUUGGAGCUAGCUGACCUGACUGGAAGAAUCCACAACCAGAAAGAAGAGGAAUACCAAGAAGAUUGGAAGAAAUUAAAAGACUAUUUGAAUAAAUAUUCUAAUAUAAAAAAUUAGAAAUCACUUGAAAGUACCAAAUAGGCCUAGGAUUAAAAUAGGAUUUACUAAAUAAAUGGGGUUUAGAAAGUAAGAAAAGUGAAUAAGCUAGAUAAUAACUGGAAAUAUUUUGGUUUAAGAAUGAUAUUGGAAAAGCUGUUACAUACAGACACAAGGAAAUUCAGAAGGGAGGGAAUGGAGGAAGUCAACCAAUAUGUAAAUAAGUAUGGGCUUUUAAAGGAUGAAGUUCGCUCUUAUUGUUUAUCUCUUUUAUGGUGGUGGAUAAGAUGUUUAUUGUACUGUUUUCUUUUUUGAUGCACUUCCCCCCCCUCUUCCUUUUUGUGUUAUCUGUUCUGUUAUGUGGUAUAAUUGUGGAAAACUUAAUAAUUUAAAAAAACAAAAACAAUUUCUCUUUUUAAAUGGUAGAAAAUAAUUAGAGAAUAAUACUGAUAUUUAAUGGUUUGCUUUAACCUCUGCAAAAAAAAAAUUAAUGUUUUGUCAGACAAAAACGAAUGUGAUAUUGGGGCAAGCAAGAUUUGUGGAGAGCAUGCUUCAUGCCACAAUACACAAGGAAGCUUUUAUUGCAUUUGUCUAGAAGGCUUCCAGGCUUCCAGUGAAAACAAGAUAUUCAUUCCCAAUGAUGGCACAAAAUGUAUAGGUAAGUACAGCAGCAACAAGUCAUAAGGAAUUUUUACUGUUUUCCUUUAUGUUCUUUUUAGAACACACACAGAGAGAGAGAGAGAGAGUUUUAGUUUUCAUCUAAAGCUGUUUCUCUCUUUAAUGUAUGUCCUUUCCACUACUUGAGCAUGUCUAAAUUGACACUUUUCAUUUUCAAAAUUGCUGGGAGCUGUAAUUGAGGAAGAUCAAACCCAUAUUUCCACAUAGUUAUGUAGGAGAGGGGGAAUUUUCUGCUAUAUAUUUUUGGCAGAAAGCAUUUCAUUUUUAGAAAUGCAUUGUUUCAUAAAAUUAAUAAGAUACAGGAAUGACUAUCAUGCUGAUUAAGCUGACAACUAAAAUAUAUACCAGUCAAAUCUAAAAUAAAAGUUGUAGUUAUUAUUAUUUUUAACUGAUUUAGAGAAGCCUUCAUUCCCCCACCUCUGAAACCUAAUUAAUGUUCAGGGAAGGGAAUAUUUGAGUCUGCUAUAGAUUUACAAGUUUCCCCAUAAAAAUAAUUUCCAGGUAAAGCUUUGAAUUUGUUGCAAUAUAUACAUCUAAAUCACAUCAAAUGUGCUAUGUUAGUGUUUUUUCACGAGACAAAUGGGAAACUGUUCCGAUCCAUGCUUUCUAAGGCACAGGAUAACUGGAAGUGUGGACAAACCUUCUGUUUUCCCCACUUGCUUUCCCUGGGAAAACCAGCUCUUUCAUGCUAAAUCGGAGCAAAUGUCAAUCUACAGGGAAUCCAAUUGAUGUUUGCUCCGGUCCAGCAGUAAAGAUCAGAUUUCUACAGGAGAAAGUGGCAGGACCAAGCGAGAGUCUGCAUGAGCCCUUAUGGACUCUGGAGGCCCCAAUUCAAGGCUGGCAUUGGUUUCUGUUACCCAGGCCUCUUGUGCUGCUGGUCUGACAGAUCACCCCAGCCCCUCUUCAUUAUAGUUCAAGUCCAGGCUUACUGUUCUACAUAUUUUGCAUCUGUUUUCUCCCACAGCUGAUAACAUAGCCGUUGUGUUUUGUACUCUGAUAUCUGAGGUCUUGUGUAUGCAAGCGCAUGGUUGUUACUUUCCAUGUGGGAAAAUUGCUUCAGUGCUGCAAUAUGUACGUGUGCAGAUAUCAGAGACUAACUUCUUGAAGGGCACAUAGCAAAUCAGUGGCAGGGGUAGAACCGGGACGGAGGAAGGGGGUACGGUGGGGGCAGAUCGCCCCGGGUGUCGCCACUGAGGGGGGUGACAAAAUGCCGGGUGACACUCACUGUGGGGCCUGUAGCACACCUGAGCCACACGUCUCUCCUGGGAGUGAUGCGGUGGCUUGGGUGCCCGCAGGCUCCACGCUGCCCCAAACGGUCUGCCCUCCCUCUCCCCCUCAGCUGUAGGAUGGCUGAGUGGGAGGAGGCAGGCAGACUCGGAGCUGACCCUGCCCCUCAGGUGGCUGCCCCCCCCAACGCACGCCGCCCCAUGCGCCCAAUCGGCUUCCUCCGCCACUGACAGGGGUAGAACUUGAGUCCAAGAUUUCCUGAUCUAAGUCCAGCUGAUGCCUUUCCUCAGAUAUCUUUACUGGCUUUCCAUCCCCUUCCAUGCCCAGUGUUAACUGUUUGCCCUUACCUUUGAAACUUUGGUGUGAGCUUGCCCCAGUCUUAUCUAUUGACAUGUCUCUGAUCUGUUGAUAUUUCCAAUUUCAGCCACCUAAAAGUCUCCUGCUCUCUUAAAUAGCCCUGCCCUUUCUCCCUUGCAUCCCCUUCUCCAAAUACUUGCCUGCUGCCAUCCUCUUUUUCUCAUUUAUUUAUUUAUUUGGUUUUCCAGAUUAACAUUUUACAGUCACAUAUCCAACAUACAACAUAAAAACAAGAUUCCAAGGAAUCUCUUGCACUCCCCUUUGUGGGUCCUAUUGUUAAUCAUUUCCUCCUGCAUCUUUUAUGAUAAUCCAAAAUCUUUUACAUCUCCAUUAUGGCCAAAAUUCACCAUUAAACUACAAGUGUUAUUCCAAUCCUACUAACGAUUUUAGCUGUUUACAAUGGUUUUUAUGAUAAAUUAUAAAUUCCUCCCAUUCCUUAUUAAGAUUUUGGUUUUCCCGAUUUCUGAUUCUCCCGGUCAUUUUAGCCAUUUCGGCAUAAUCCAUCAACUUAAUCUGCCAUUCUUCUCUGGUAGGGACUUUCCCCUCAUUUCUUCCAACAAGUCUUUGGCUUAAUUCCAUAGUCCUCUUAUCAUUUGAAACUAAGGGCGGGAUUCCCCUAAUGAGACACAAGUAUUUCUGCUUGGGCAGUGGGGCUUCUCCCCCCUGAACCCUCCAGAAUUGGCUCUGGGGGCAUCAGGAGCAGGGGCGGAGGAAGGGGUGUGUGGUGGGGGCGGAUCAUCCUGGGUGUCUUCGCUGAGGUGGGUGACAUUUCCCGCGACUCCCAGCCUACCCUGAGCCGUCAGGGGAAGGGGGGGAGCUGCGCCGCUUUGCCGGCUGCAUCCCCCCUUCCCCCUUCAUUUUGACAGCUGAGGGAGGCUUGGGAGUUGUGGGCAGGUGGUGCGCCGAAUGUCCGCCAUUGGCGGCUCGCUCUGCCCCUAUGGGCAGCCCACUUGUGCCACUCUGUGCACCUGAGCGGCUAUCCCAUGCCUGGGAGGGCACCCUCCACGCCCCUCCCCCUUUGGGAGCGUGCCUGCCCUGGGCAGCUUGGGCAUAUGCUCUGCCGCUGAUCAGGAGAAACCACACAGCAGCUGGAAGGGACGGGGUUUGUUUCGUCAGGCAGAUUGCAAUGCUUGUGUUCACAGAACAGUCAUAAUAUCACAACGCUGGAUUCCAUCCUUAGUCCAUCUUCACACACCCCAGUUAUACUUCCCUCUUCAUUUCUCCCCUUUCUUUCCUUGUUUUCCUCACUGUUGAAAGCCCCCUGACCCAAGGACCAGUCAUUUUCAUGUAUGUUAUAGUUUAAAGCACUAUGUGUGGUAGUUGCUCAAAGCAGGCCCACCGAAAUGAAUGAACAUGACUAAGUUAGGUCCAUUAAUUUCAGUGGGGCAGCUUGGUGCUAGGUGAGCUCUAAACAAUAAUUGUGGCUGCAUGUUGGCUCUUGCCUGCCACCGGGUUCAAAAUAUUUAAAGUAGUCUUAAUAAAAAGACGGUCACAAUUGUAUUACAUUUUCUAGAUCUUGAUGAAUGUGGAAUCUCAGUCAUCUGUGGCCUUGGAGGACGAUGUGUGAAUACGUUAGGAAGCUAUGAGUGCUACUGUAUUGAAGGAUACCAAACAGAAAAUGGAGUGGAACCAUUUCAUUCGCGUACAGCAAAUACUUCGUGCAAAGGUGACUGCUUGUAUUUUUAAAAAGAGUACAGUUUUAGGCUCCUUUAGGUAUUGAAAUACAAGGGAAAACAUGUCUGUAUGCUCUGCCCAAUUGUGCAGUAAGUGGUAAACCCAUCUUCCAGUAUUCUAGCUGAUGAGGCACCGGGAUGAUUGACAAGCACUCAAUUCCAAGGUUGAAUCCCUAGUACAGUGGUACCUUGGUUCCUGAAUGGCUUAGUUGUCGAACAAAUCGGAUCCCGAACACCGCAAACCUGAAAGUUAAGUGUUCAGGUUUGCGAACAUUUUCCCACAGUGUUUAGUGGGACUUACUCCCAGGUUCACAGGCAUAAGAUUGCAGCUUACAUGAUAAAUAGGAAUGCGGGUGGCGUUGUGGUCUAAACCACUGAGCUUCUUGGGUUUGCCAAUUGGAAGGUCGGCUGUUUGAAUCCGCACAAUGCUUUGAGCUCCUUUGCUCUGUCCCAGCACCUGCCAACCUAACAGUUUGAAAGCAUACCAGUGCAAGUAGAUAAAUAGGUACCACUGCAGCAGGAAGGUAAAUGGUGUUUCCGUGCACUCUGGUUUCCAUCACAGUGUUCUGUUGUGCCAGAUGCAGUUUAGUCAUGCUGGCCACAUGACCCGGAAAGCUGUCUGUGGACAAACAGCGGCUCCCUCAGCUUGAAAUCGAGAUGAGCGCCGCAACCCCAUAGUUGCCUUUGACUGGACUUAACCAUCCAGGGGUCCUUUACCUUUACCUUACCUUAACAUGAUAAAUCCCUUCCCUUAAGACAGAGCCAUGCUGAUGGUAAACCUUGGUAUCAUUUUGUUAUCAGUUUUGACCAGCUCUUUAAUAGUUACUACGUUACUGAAAAUGCUUCAUUUUACAUUGCAAGUAUUAGGCAAUUGAAUUAUUACUCAUAGUGAACGUAAGAUUCCAUUUUUUUACUAACAUAAAAAGCAAAACACUGAAUGGUAGAGGUGUGUUGUUUAAAGUAUUUUAUACCCCCACUUUUCCUCAUAUAACUCACAGUGUCUUACAAAAACAAAGCAGUAGUGCAUAAAAUGAAUAAAUGCAGCAAUGCAUUUAUUUAUUUCAGUAAUUAAUUUUUUCUGCUCUGUUUAGCUGAAAAGAGAGUGGCUUAAAAAAAAUAAAAUCGGUAGUAAGACAGGCCCUGCCCUCAGGCUUAAAAGACCUGAAAUGCAAAGAAUAAGAGAUGGGGUGGGAGGAGAAAAAAAAUAUCCUUACGUACUAGUUUUUUACGUUAGAGAUAUUAUAACGACCAGCUGCGAUGAAAAAGUUCAGGGAGCUUGAUGGAAUGGUUGCCACUAGGUGACAGCUGGGGAAGGCUGAAGGGUGGUUGGUCUCUCAGCAGAGGUGAUAGCAUAACUCUCCUUCUUUUCUUUCCCUCUGCCUUGUGGUCUGCAGUAAAACAGCUUAAAAACAACCAUGCUAUGUGCUGCUAACAAGAGAAAGAGGAGCAGAAAAGUCUGUUCCAGAUACGACUCAGAAAAAAUGUAGCUGCUUCUACACCCAUAAAACAGCCCUCUGCUUUUUAAUUUCUGUUUUCUGGAGCAGUUUGGUUUAAGACAUUGUCGCUUGUGUGUUGUAUGAGUGUCUGGGGCUCUAAAAAGCGGAAGAACACGCAGAAUUUAACUGCCAAGUUCUGUCACUUUUUUCUCUGUGAAAAUGCUUAGCACGAUAGUUAUCUCAUGGGAAAAUAUAUAAUCACAGUGACUUGUGUUUUCAGGGGGGAAAUGUAAAGAAAUGAAAGUAAUAACAGCAGCAGUCCUGCAAGAGUCAGGAGCUUUUACCACUUUGCCAUGUGGAGCUGGCAUAAUCUUCGGAUGACUCAUUUUAAAUAAGAUAGCAGCACCUCCUGAGAACUGUGCUUUGGCAGUCAUUGUAAUAAUAUAGUAGAAAUAAUCAUUAUAAUAAUGAUCAUAAAAAGGCAGAAUACUUCAAGGAGGCUAUAUAAUUGCUUGAGUGCAAGACUCGUUGUACCAGCGCACAGGCUUUUGAUGAGCCAUGCCAGUAGGUGUGCCAGCACAUUUCAAAAGGCGAUGCUAUGCAGGCAUCGCAGUGGUAUUAUGGCAACAUUGCAGGCAGGGACGCGGAAAUAUUUUAGAACUGCGGUGAAAAACAUCCAGUGCCUGUACCAGGUACCUAAUUCAACCGACUCAGGGCCAUGUGAAGUAUGGGAUUUUAGAGAGAUGAUGGUCCCAUGUGCUGCAGCAUGGGCCUAUAGGAGCUGAUAAAAGAGGCGAUAGUUCCUGCCCUUCCACUAACACCGAUCUGACCUAAAUGCCACCCCUAAAGUGCAAAAGUGUCAAUCUUCUAGAGCAGUUAGUAGGCAGAGCUGGAGAUUCACUAAAUGGGCUUUGAAAUCUCAAUGUUUUCUUGUCUUUGUUUUCUGCAACAUUUUUUUUUUUAAUUAAAAAAAGAGGCUUCUGCUGGAGGGCAGCUCUGGGCAGAGAGCAGAGAUGUGAAUGGGGAGAGGUGCUUAGCUUCAGCUGCCAUUUCUUUGCUGCAGAUUAUCCUCAUGUUCCUCUCAUCUUUCAAAUUAGGUGUUUUCCAGUGGUUUCAACCCAUUGGGGAGAGAAAGCUGCUUGGCUUUGUGAUCUGAGCAGAAAAAUGGAUGGGAAAUGGUUUCAGGACUCUUCGCCUCCGCUGCUUUUCCAUUUUAAAUUGACACAUCACAAAGUUGCUCCCACCCCCCACCCCCCCACCCAACCACUCCAAAAAAAGGAUGGUAUCAAAACUAUAAGCAUUCUCAUUAGUUCCUUAACUGGGUUUGCAGGAGGAUCCCCUAAAAUUUCUGGGUGCCAGUUCUCCCCGUAAUGUCUGAAAUCAGUAAAUGUGGGGUUUGGUCAAUGGAUUUAGCAAGGCCUACAAGGGACGUGGGUGGCGCUGUGGUCUAAACCACUGAGCCUAGGGCUUGCCAAUCGGAAGGUCGGCGGUUGGAAUCCCCACAAGGGGGUGAGAUCCUGUUGCUCGGUCCCAGCUCUUGCCAACCUAGCAGUUCAAAAACACGUCAAAAUGCAAGGAGAUAAAUAGGUACUGCUCCCGCAGGAAGGUAAACGGCGUUUUUGUGCGCUGCUCUGGUUUCGCCAGAAGCAGCUUAGUCAUGUUGGCCACAUGACCGAGAAAAGCUGUCUGCGGACAAACGUCGGCUCCCUCGGCCAGUAAAGCGAGAUGCGUGCCGCAACCCCAGAGUUGUUUGUGACUGGACUUAACUGUCAGGGGUCCUUUACCUUUUUACAAAAGUCAAGCCAGUUUCCUCAGGAGACUGACUUGCGAGAGGUGCCAUCAAAGAACAAAACAGGAGAUGGCAUAGUCGUUACCCAUCGGGACAUUCAGUGGCAGACAGGAAGUGAGGUGGAGUCCCUCCUCCAGCUGUGUGCCAGUUAGCAAAAGCCAAUAGCAGAGCUGGGAGGGGAAGGUUGCCAGGGCUACAGGGGGUGUGAUGUCACCACAGAAAAAAGUGUCCUUUUUGCAUGAGGCUCGGGUUGUGUUUUAGCAAGGGUUUUGGGAAGAAGAAGGAUGGAGAGAGAUGCCAUACAGGCUGAGGGAUAGACAUAGUGUGUGGUGGAGGAGACUCAGAGAUGGUGUUUGGGCUGCUUUUGAACCCAAUGGUGUGCUGCUGUCAGGAGUAAGCCCCUCGCAGUUGUGAUGCUCAGAAGCCUCUCUCUAUCCAAGCUCAGGUGUAAAUAUGUGCAAAUAAACCAUAUUUCAUAAAGGUGCUACGGUCUCCACUAUGCCUCAUUUUCCCCAAAGGAAACACAAACUUUGAUUAAAUGCCGAGAUCCCUGGAAUCUUUCACUGCUCAGCAGAGAUUGGAGUGGCUGGCAACAGUAAAGACAUAUAAAUGUAGCAAAAUGUGUUUGUAAAUUCAUAAUUUAAGCAGUUGGGAUUGUCUCAGUUCUGUGUUGUGUACCCUAGGGCUACAUACACACAAUAUAUUUAAAGUACAUUUUUCUCACCAAAGAAUCCUGGGUACUGUAGUUUGUUGAGGAUGCUGGGAAUUAUAGCUUUGUGGGCUAAGCAGCAGUUCCCAAUAUUCUUUGGGGUGACGAAUGUUCUUCAAAUGUGUGAUUAGUGGCAGCCAUUGUUACUUUAAGAAAUUGGGCCUUGCAUGUCAUAGUGUGUCUUUGCCUUAUAGUGUCUUAACUUAUUCUCCCCCCUCUUUUGGUGCAGUUGUUGACUGUGGGCUCCCACCUUCUGUUCCAAAUGCAUAUUCUGCAGUCAACAAAACAACUUAUGGAAACAAAGUUGUUUAUACUUGCCAGCCUGGUUAUGUCAUCGAAAGUGGAAAUUCCACUGCAGUUUGCAGUUCCAGCGGACAAUGGAAGGAAGCUGAUUUUGUAUGCAAAGGUAAAGAAAACAAUUAAAAAGCUUUAAUGAUUGCAGCAUUUAUUUCAACAAAGGCUAUUUGUUACAUUAAUUGUAAGCAUAUCUUUAAAAAAAUUGGCAUGCUUGAAUCGCAAGGAAAUCAAAGUUUUUAUAAAUUAAAGUCAAUGGGACUUAAGUAUGUAGUUAAAUUGCUUGGUUCUCUUGAUUUCAUUUGGUCAACGUGCUGCUUCACAAAAUACUCAGCAGCAAAUAUUUUACUGAUAAAUAAAUAUUAAUGGGGAAACCGUUACCUUAAUAAUGCUGUCUUCUUUCUCUUUCUUUCCCAUUAGAAAUUGACUGUGGAAAACCACGGUGGUUUCCAAAUAAUACAGAUAUUAUCUGGGAUAACAGAACAACUUUAGGGAGCACGAUAUACUAUAAAUGUAGGGAAGGAUUUCAGUUUUUUGGAGAGCAUAAUUUUUCACAAUGCACAACAUCUCAGAAGUGGGGAAACAUCACUUUUGAAUGCAAAGGUAAAAAUAUCAUCUGUAAUCUAUAUUAAAAUUGCUCAUUAUUUAUGAAUGAACACCACCAUAAUAACUAUCCUUUGUGAAGAAGAAAAAAUGUUUUCCUGAAAAUCCCAAGGUUCUUACCUCUUCUUAAUAAUGGAAAAAUGAUUUUUAGGUAUCUUGACAAGUACUAGAGGUUCAGGGUCAGACUAGUUGAGAUGUUAUACAGCAUCCCUGGAAGAAGCCCCACCUCCCAUCUGCUCAGAUGGCUGAUUCUUGGUUUACAUUUUCUAUUUGGUUAUGGAAAUUGGAGAACACGGUAUACGAGGCACAAUGGCCGUAUGCCCUGUAUUGAGAAAUUUUUUAUGCCUGAUGGUUUACAAUAUUUUUAUACAUGCUGUAGCUGGGGAAACCCAGCCAGAUGAGCGGGGUAUGAAUAAUACAAUUAUUAUUAUUAUUAUUAUUAUUAUUAUUAUUAUUAAUUAUUCAUAUUCCCAGAUCUGUCUCAUUGCUGCUUGACAAGAGGUUUAUUACUUUGUAGUCAGGUAUCUACUGUAUUGGGGACACAGGUGGCGCUGUGGGUUAAACCACUAAGCUUCUUGGGCUUGCUGAUCAGAAGGUUGGCGGUUCGAAUCCCCGCGACAGGGUGAGCUCCUGCUGCUCUGUCCCAGCUCCUGCCAACCUAGCAGUUUGAAAGCAUGCAGUGCUUAUAUUUGGGCCAAUAUGGUAGAUAAAAAAGGUAAAGGGACCCCAUUAGGUCCAGUCGCGGACGACUCUGGGGUUGUGGCACUCAUCUCGCUUUCAGGCUGAGGGAGCUGGCGUUUGUCUACAGACAGCUUUCCGAGUCAUGUGGCCAGCAUGACUAGACUGCUUCUGGCGCAACAGAACACCGUGAUGGAAACCAGAGCGCACAGAAACACAGUUUACCUUCCUGCCACAGCGGUACCUAUUUAUCUACUUGCACUGUAUGCUUUCAAACUGCUAGGUUGGCAGGAGCAGGGGCCGAGCAACGGCAGCUCACACCAUCACGGGGAUUCGAACCGCCGACCUUCCGAUUGGCAAGCCCAAGAGGCUCAGUAGUUUGGACUGGGAUGACAAAAAGUCUAGACUACUGCAGUUGCAUUUCUGAAUUAAAACAGCUUCUGAUCCCAUUUAGAAAUAAAAUGUGGCAAACCUCCUGCUAUACAUCACUCCAACAUGAUAUGGAAUGGGAUAUCAAAGCCAGGAAGCCUUGUGGAAUACAGAUGUGUCAAGGGCUUCUACAACACGAGCAUGAAAAAACAUUCAUUCUGCACCAAAAAUGGAUCGUGGGAAAUCUUGGAUCUAACAUGUGAAAGUAAGUGCAUGAUGAUAAUCCUAGCACAGACGUUGUGGGCAAGUUCUAACUAAGGGACACUGGAGUUAUUAUUGCUCUUGUGGCGAAACGAGGGCACUAUCCCUUUGGCAGGCGUCUACAGGUUAAGAACCAGAGGAGGUUGUUUGUUGGAAUCUCCCUGGCUGAGGAGAAAGGGUUAAAGUGCUCCACUGCCUCCCGCAGUUUGGUCAAACUCAUGCUGGUAGCUUCGAGAACUGUCCAACCAUCUCGUCCUCUGUCGUCCCCUUCUCCUUGUACCCUCCAUCUUUCCCAACAUCAGGGUCUUUUCCAGGGAGUCUUCUCUUCUCAUGAACUACCCUCUCCCAAUACUGUAGAACUUUCAGAGAGGACUCUUGAAGUUUUUGGAGCUCUGUGUUUAACAGAACAACAGUGGCAUCCAGUGGAUUUCUUUGUUAACAACAUGCAUGUGACAAAUAUAGUAAUGAUGAUUGAUCAAAACUGGGUUCAGCAAAUAGACAAGAUGUAAACUUAGAAAAUAUGAAGCGUUAGCAGAAGCCGUAACAGGUCUCAUUCUAGAUCAAUGAUAUGGCGGUUUCCUGUAUUGUUGAUGGAACAAGGUAAGUGAUGAUGGCAAAGGAUGGCUGCCCUUUCCCUGUCAAGUUGCAAAGUUUGUAUGAUGAAAAAGCUGGAUUUAGAUUGCAGUUGACCACUACUAGAUCCUGCAAUUGAAACAGCGACAAGAAGAAACUGGCUUUUACAUGCCAUUCAACAAUGGGAAAUGUUUUCGUUUGUUAUUUUUGCAGAAGUUAAAGACUUUGUCGGUAUUGCACUAAAUAACUCUUGUUUGACGUGGAGGAGGCUUAAUGGAAAUGCAGCCGUCAACGAGACUUACCAAGUGCGUGAGUUAUUUUAAAUCUUUUUUUGUACUAGAAAGAUUAGAGGUUCUUAGCUUUCUAGUGGGGGACAGGCAGGUUUCUGUAAGUACGGAGGGAUGUAUAAACAUUUUAAUAAAAUAUUGCUAAAUAACAUCUGCAAAUGUUUUUUUAAAAAGGAUGUGAUUUGAUUGCUCACCGUUUCUUCUAGAUGCCAUAACAUAGGAAGUAAAGCAGAAACAAAGAACUUCUGAGCUGCCUGGAGACAUUUACAACUUGAUAAAUAUAUAACUGCUUCUUGAUUGGCCAGAAGGGCUUCUGUUCUGGCCAAGUCAGUUCUGUCUUUAAUGCUGAUUAACCAUCUUGGCCUGUCUCCUUUCCAUCUCACAGUUAUAGAUACAAAUCUAAAUAGGAUUUGUGGAAUGAUCUCCCCAGGGUCAUGGGGAGGCCUGGCCGCCUUCAUUACAUAUCCUUAGGUGCCUGGCAAAAACAUUACUCUCCUCUCCUCUCCGGCCUUUGGCUAUUUAAAUAAUCUAUGGCCCUUUAAACACACUGUGGGUGUGUUAUUGUGGGCUUUCGUUACUAUGUUGUAUAUUUUUCUGUUUUUAUAUUUCAAAUGGCUCUGUGAUCAGUGCCGGAUUUACGUAUAAGCUAAACAAGCUAUAUCUUGGCCCCCCCCAAAAAAAAACUAAAGAAAAAAAACCCCUGGAUGUACAUUUCCAAAAUAUAAGAUAAAAACAAAUAAAGUAAAACCUAAAAAUGAUUGUAUUAACUACAAUUGCAUUGUACAGGUUAUAACACUUAAUUUCAUAUUAAUAAAGCUAUUUAUAAUUAUUAGAAGUUUGCAUCAUAUAUUUACACCCAUUAUUAUUUCAUGUUAUAGCAAGUUUCUAAAGACUAGAUUAUGAAGUCUUUGUAAAUUGUGUUUCUAAAGGAACUUUUGUUAUUGCCAAAUGCCAAUGUGUUUGCAUUAUUAAGUUUGUUCUGAGUAAAAAAUCAUUUUAAGUUAGAGCUUAAUUAUUUCACUAUUAAUAUACUUCUUAAUUGUAUUUCACUAUUAAUAUACUUAUUCUUAAUUGUAUUUCAGUUCAACAAUUACUUUGAUAAAAUAAAUAUUUUGUUAUGUACAAAUGGCUUUAGAUACCUAUUAGGUCCAUAAAUUACCAUAUAGCAUAUAUUCAACACAAAAAGCAGUGACAAUUUGUUGUUGAUAAAGGACAGCUGGACAUAUAAAGGGCCCCAUUACCUUCAGUAGCUUAGAGCCUCAUCACACCUAAAUCCGGUCCUGUCUGUGAUCCUCGGAUGAAGGGCAGUAUAGAAAUUUAACAAAUAAACAAAUUUGUACCAGCUUAUCUGUCUUGACUUCUUCCCCAAAGACUCCUAGAAAAACCCAUGUGGUAAAAGUGUGGCCUUUUCAAAAUGAACAUCUCCGGAGUUCUUUGGGGAGACAAAAUGGAUCGUUAACCAAGUUUAUAUUAUAAAGGGACCCCUGACCAUUAGGUCCAGUCGACUCUGGGGUUGCAGCGCUCAUCUUGCUUAAUUGGCUGAGGGAGCCGGCGUACAGCUUCCGGAUCAUGUGGCCAGCAUGACCAAGCCGCUUCUGGCGAGCCACAGCGCCACCUGCGUCCCUUGUUUAUAUUAUAGCUAUGCCCUAAAGUUUUGUUUCUGAGAACUGACGUACUUUUCAUUUCCCAUACAGCUCACAAUGAGAAUGCUAGGGAAUGAUUCGAAGAAAACUGUGGCUGAAUCAAAGAUUAGCUAUACCACAGCCGAGGAGGCUAUAAAGAUAUGCUUGGAGCUACGUCAGGAUGCAAACUACAGUGUGGAAGUAACUACAGGAUCCACCAAUUUGGCUUUAAAAGUCCGAAUAAUGCACCCAGUAGUUGGUAGGUGCUGCAGUUUGGCAAAUCAUCAAUACUGAUAGUUAGGAAAUUUUACCUGAAAAUCUUCAGUGCUGGUGAUGACACAAAACAGUGUUCUUAAACUGGUGGCUGAUAAUACUGAACUGGAGGUCACUGUUCAUGAGGAAUGGGCUAAGAUUGGCUAAGAUCUGGCCAUGCAUCUCGUUUGCAGCAGAUCAUAGCAGCAAAAGGCUGCUCUACUAAGUACUAAAGAUGCUUGCCAUGAAGGAAUUGAAUAAAAGUAAGACUGGAGAAGCCAGUAUAAGUUGCAAUUUCAGCUCAAUUUGGGGGAACCACUAGAAGCAUCCGUUGUGUUGAGCUAUUUCAAUUGAUUUGCUCAUUGCAAACAGCUGAAAGUCUGUAAAUUUUUGAUAAUAAACCUGAUUUGCAAUGAGGGAGUUGAACAUAGCUGUCAACUUUCGGAUUUGAAAAUAAGGGAUCAGCAGCCUCACCUCUCCCGGAGACAGUCUACGGGAUAUCUAACAAUCCGGGAUAGCAGCGGGAAGCAGCGGGAAACGGCACUGAAAUAAGGGAAUUUCCCGCAAAAAAAGGGAAGGUUGACAGCUAUGGAGUUGAAUAAUUUCGAUUGCAACUGUAUGCUAAAGAUUCUGAAGUGCAAUGGGCUGGUGAACCCUUGUGAUAAUGAUUAGUGGAUUAAAACGAGCCAAAGAACCAAAUUGGAAAGCUACAUAUAGGGCCUAGAGAGUCUGUGUGCUUUGGACCAGGAAGAAAGAGGGCAAGCAAGGGAAGGGGCCAAAAGAGAGUUGGGUUGCAAAUCAGGAAUUAUGCCAACUGUGUCUUCUGCAGUAGCAUUGUGACCUGGCUACCCAAAAAUAGCCAUGGCAGUCAAGAAACAGGUGAGUGGGCCUGAAUUUUGCAUAUUGGAUUUGCUCAAAGCAAGCAGUUCUGAUUGCAGGCAACUUCUUUGUGUUGCGUUACCUGUUAUUAUUAAUAAAAUACCAGCAUAGCAUAGUUGAUUAAGAGUUUCUCUUCCCUGCCACACUUUUCCCUCCCCAGAAAAGAAAGCUGCAUUCAGCAACAUCUCCAUAUUUAAUGACACCUGUAUUAAAUGGCAAAGAGAAUCAUCAUCUGAGGAAAACUAUGUAGUAAGUGAUGUACAGUUUCUGACUGCAGUGGGAAGUACUGGGACGAAAUCUCAUGUUGACAUGCGUGUUUCAGAGUGUUGACAGCAGUGCAGCGUCCAUCCCAUUGUCACCCCUGAUACAAGUUUUGCAGAUUUUGGGUGCAUUUCAAAGAAACGGUUUGAUCAUACACAACAGGGAUCUCUACUUAUUCAAGAAAGUCCACAAUGCCGUUGUUACCGGGGUGGAGAACUCAGGCCUAGGGGCCAAAUGCAGCCCCCUAAGUCUCUGUUUCACAACUGGAAUUCUUCUCAGGCUACAUCUGUCAGCAGCCUUCCUUCACAUCCUCCUUGAGUAUUUUUGGCUGGCUGCAGUGUACCCUUGAACUCUGAUAAUGCCUCACGGUUGAAAAACAUACCAGAUAUAACCGUUGCAGUGACUGAUUAGGUAGUGUGUAGAUUUGCAAGCAAACUGCUGAAUUUUUGUGAGGGACUUGUGUGCCAUACAUUCCUAUUUGCAACAUAUUCUGAGGUAGAUCAUGUGCACAUAAGAUUUUUGUAUAGUCUCUUGUGUGUUAGCGCUGCAGCUGUGGAGAUUAUCUGCCACCCUCAUUAAAAUUCAGGCCCCUUUCCUGAAGUUCCAUGUUGCUUAUUACUCUUUUUAAAGCCAAACAGCCUACCUAAUGCAGAAUGCUUUGGGGGAAGAGAGAGGGCUGUCAGAACUUCUUGAUCCGAGAAGCAAAUUGCCCGUCAACAAAACAUGCAAACCUUUAUAUUGUGGGUUAAGACCAGUUGAGAGUCCCAUGGAUUGCAAGAAGAUCAAACCUCUCCAUUCUUAAGGAAAUCAGCCCUGAGUGCUCACUGGAAGGACAGAUCGUGAAGCUGAGGCUCCAGUACUUUGGCCACCUCAUGAGAAGAGAAUACACCCUGGAAAAGACCCUGAUGUUGGGAAAGAUAGAGGGCACAAGGAGAAGGGGACGGCAGAGGACGAGAUGGUUGGACGGUGUUCUCGAAGCUACAAACAUGAGUCUGACCAAACUGCGGGAGGCAGUGGAAGACAGAAGUGCCUGGCGUGCUCUGGUCCAUGGGGUCACGAAGAGUCGGACACGACUAAACAACAACAAGACCAGUGCUGUUUUUCUAGAGAAAGAGGUAUCAAGAGCUAAGCUCCGGUGAGCUCCGGCUGGGGGGAAUAAAAGCCCUAGUUAAGACCUUGCUCUGACAGCUCAUAGAAUGCUACGUUUGUCUUCACACACAGCAGGCCUUCCCUCAGGACUCAAAAUGUGAAUCCUGGAAAUCUGGUCAGGCUGGAUGAACUUGCAGGUGUGACUCAGCCGAUGAUGCUAUCUAAAACCUGGUCUGCACAAGCUAAAGAAGGAGGUGGGAACGAGAUGGUAGAAGUGGCCCAGAGGUGGUCGAAUGGAUUGUACCAUUUCAGACUGUAAGCAGGAAUUCACAUUUUUUUAACAGGCCCCAACAUAAAAGACUCUCUGCAAAUACCAAAGCUAGUACAGCAGGAAACAGGUUGUUGUUGUUUAGUUGUUGUAGUUGUGUUUGACUCUCUGUGACCCCACGAACCAGAGCAUGCCUUGGAAAUUCUCACUUUCUUCUCAAAGCUCCUUCUUUUUUAUGUCCAUGGAGUUUUCUUGGCAAAAUACUGGAGUGGUUUGCCAGUUCCUUCUCUAGGUGGAUCACAUGUAGUCUAAACUCUUGGCUAUGACAUGUCCAUCUUGGGUUGCCCUGCACGGCAUAGCUCAUAGCUUCUUGAAGUUAUUCAAGGCCCUUUGCCACAACAAGGCAGUGAUCCAUUAAGGGGAGGAAACAGGUUAGGUUAAAGGUUAAAACCCUUCUGUCCUGUUGUGCUAGUUUUCCAUUUUCAGAGAGCACUUUACGGUGGGGCAGCAUUCAAAAUUGGUUUUGCACUUCCUUUCUGCUUCAUUCUGCUGGCCUUAGAAGCAGGCACUUCCAAUAGAUCGAGGACAUUCAGACCAGACAAACGUAGUGUAUUCUUCCUGCUGCAACCACCAAAACGUUUGCUUAGUGCACUUAAAUUUAAGAGGCCCCACUAGCUAAUAAUAUGUGCCAAAUGUUUAAAGUGUUUCAUUCUCAUUUGGGUCGCACACUCCAUUUGCAGCUUCAGAUACAGGGCCUACGGUGGUAUCAGAAACAAUUCCGUGAUAACAUGACCUAUAACUUCACCACAAGUUCUCAGACUCCAGCAGUGUGCCUUGACUUACUGCCGGGCACCAAUUACACCGUUAACAUCUCCACAACAGAUCUCAACCACAGUGCUCUCAUCUACAUGAGAACCCCCAUCACUGGUAAGGCCUUGCUUUGUAUUUUUCUCCUAGUAUUUUGACAAGGUUGGAAAAUUAAAAGUGCAGGAAGUCACUUCAGUUGAUUUUUAUACAAUCUGGAAGAAAGCCAUAGAAUUUACUACCUUUCACUUUUCCAUUCUUGCUAAGGAAGCCCCUCCCUUACUUGAUCAAAUAAUUUUCUAUGCCACUUACCCUACCGACACCACAGUGACUUAGCAAGUUGUAGAAUAUGAAGAGUGAGGUUUAGUGCUUAUGUUGAGUCUUACUGCAGCAGAGGCACCAGCUCUUGCCAUGAUGGAACGAGAGCUACCUUUGGACUUGAGUACACGGGUGGCGCUGUGGUCUAAACCACAGAGCCUAGGACUUGCCGAUCAGAAGGUUGGUGGUUCAAAUCCCCGUGACAGGGUGAGCUCCCAUUGUUUGGUCCCAGCUCCUGCCCACCUAGCAGUUCGAAAGCACAUCAAAGUGCAAGUAGAUAAAUAGGUACCGAUCCGGCGGGAAGGUAAACAGAGUUUCCAUGUGCUGCUCUGGUUUGCCAGAAGCGGCUUAGUCAUGCUGGCCACAUGACCCAGAAGCUGUCUGCGGACAAACACCGGCUCCUUCGGCCUAUAGAGCGAGAUGAGCACCGCAACCCCAGAGUUGUCCGUGACUGGACCUAACGGUUAGGGGUACCUUUACCUUUACACCUAGAUUCAAAUACAGUCGUACCUCGGAAGUCAAAUGGAAUCUGUUCCGGAAGUCUGUUUGACUUCCAAAACGUUCGGAAACCAAGGCACGGCUUCCAGUUGGCUGCAGGAAGCUCCUGCAACCAGAUGGAACCCAUGGAACCCAUGGAUGUUCAGCUUCCAAAGAACAUUCACAAACCAGAACACUCACUUCUGGGUUUGCGGCGUUCAGGAGCCAAAACGUUCCAUUUGCAAGGCGGUCGAUUUCCAAGGCAUGACUGUAUAUGUUUUCCCAAUAACCUGCUGAUUGCUGAACUAGCAGUGAUGAUGACAGGAACAUUUUGUUUCACGUGCCAUUCUUGUUCACUUAUGAAUAGGGGGGUGAAUGGGUGGGUGGGGAUUCUCAAACUGCAAAAGAAGCUUGCUGAUCCCUCCCCAUUCCUUACCUCCCCAAAUUUUGUUGCUCCAGCCACUUUUUGCAUUCUGGGCUCUUUUCUGAUAUCAGAACCAGGAAGAGAGAAAAAUGGUUGUAGCCACCAGCUGCAGGAGAGAUGAGGCCCAGGAGAGAUAGGGUUCAAGUCUCCUCUCCUGUGUGCUCCUUUUACGCCUCUCAUCCCUUGCUUUCUGGAGUGCCAACUAGGCCCUGUGACUGUGGGUGCCCGGGAAUGUGGGUGCCAUGCAGCGUGCAUGGUCUUGGCACUGAAAUUUGUGGAUACCUGGCCCUUUCAUGGGGAAUUUUUAUGGGUGCUUGCACAACCAAGACCCCAGGGAAUUGGCACCUGUGCUUGCUUUAGAUAUGAAUGGGGUAGAUAUGUGAGCGGGCUUGGGGAAGUUACUGACUGAUUGAAUAGCUUCUCUGUAUGGAACACCAUACGGUCUCGGUCGUUGUAAUGUUGCAUAAACUUGAAAAAACAUCCUAAUUUCUCAUGCGCUGUGUGGAAAGAGGAUGAGACAUUGCCAUUUCUCGUGCACUUUGUGGUUACUCUGUCUGCUAACCAGAAGAAGGCAGUCUUUGCAAUUUCUUUACAUUUCUCCCCAGUCUGUAAUCAUCCACUAGGUGAAGCUGUUUAUCUUCGGCAGAUAAAUUGUUUCAGCGUCUUCAGCUGUUCCUUCCUUUGUUAGGAUGAAACAGAGAAGUCCCUCCCCCCCCCUUAAUAACCUUAACUGCUCCCAUCCUUCUUUUCUUCUGCCUGUGCACUGCAGCUGAGCUUAAAACGGAAAACACAAUCUAAAUUUUUUAUUCCGAUUGAUAGUCAUGUGCUGCAUUUGCCACAUAUUGUGGAUAGUUCUGUAUUUAAAAUAGCUGCCGCUGUUCUUGUCCACCAACUCGAUAUAACCAUCUGCUGAAUUAUUCAUCUGCCUGUAUUCCAAGCCUUCAGAAUUUGUGACUCACCAAGCAAAAUUCAUCAUCAUCAGCCAUUCAUUGUGUUCUUCCAGCUGCCUGAUGCCCCCAUCCCUCCCUCCUUAGUCCCUACAUUCCCAGGCAGCAUAAACAGGAGAUGUGCUGAGCUGGACUGAGUUCAGCUUAGGGCUCAACCACGUCUCUGUUUGCCCCACUGCUUUCCCCUGGAAAAACCCACGGUUUAGCGCUGAAUUCGGAACAAAUGGAAAUUGGGUUUUCUGCCGAUUGCCGUUUGUGGUAAAGAGUGGGUUUUCUGACGGGAAGCAGUGGGGCAAGGCAGAACCACUAGGACCUCUGCCUAGAGAGCACAAGAGAGGCAGGAAAUGGGCCAGAUCUGUGCUUUCUAGGCACUAGGCAAGCGGAAAUGUGGACGAGCCCACAUUGCAAGGAUGCACAGCCUGUGCUCAUUUCCUUUUGCAGCCCACGAGCAGGAAACAUCCUUACUCUGUCUGCCGGUACCCCAGUCUUUCAAAUUACUGGUGCUCUCAAUUCUAAUACCUUCUCUUUGGGUUAUGAGAAAGGGAUUGAUGGGCAAAACCUACAUGCUAAACAAAGCCCUGAUACAAGUUUUUGUAAACAGACACAGCUUUGAGAUGUGGCAGUUUUGCAGGGAGACACAGUGGAGUUUGUGGAUGUUGAGGACGUGUGGAAUCCUUUCUUCAACAGUUUUUCUCCCACCUGCAACUUUCACGGUUGCAUAUCUUUUUCCUUCGCACAGAGCACUAGUUGUAUGUUUACCAUUGCAAACAGGGUGGCUGAUUUAAUUAAUGGGCAAAGCUUAAAAUAUAGAAAAUAAUCUCUCUUUUUAGUUGUUGUAGAAAAAGCAACAUUCAUAAUUCCAGAAUUGAAUGAAUUACAGAGAUUUAGAAAGGGGUAAAAGGUAAAGGUAAAGGACCCCAGGACAGUUAAGUCCAAUCAAAGGCGACUUUGGGGUUGCGGUGCUCAUCUCGCUUUCAGACCAAGGGAGCUGGUGUUUGUCCAUAGACAGCUUUCCGGGUCAUGCGGCCAGCAUGACUAAACCGCUUCUGGUGCAACGGGACACUGUGACAGAAACCAGAGUGCACGGAAAUGCUGUUUACCUUCCCUCUGUAGCAGUACCUAUAUAUCUACUUGCACUGGUGUGCUUUUGAACUGCUAGGUUGAAAGGGGAUAAAAUAUUAGGCAGCAACAUUUAAUUGAUUCAUCAGACCCAUCUUUUUUAUAUAUAUAAAAAAGCAACAAUGUUUACUUACCUAAAAAGGUAGCCCAAUUAAUUGGGAGCGGAAUCAAUAAUUUGAAUAGAAAUACUUAUAAAAAUUAAAGAUGGCACUCAUAAGCCUUCAGUUUAUUACCUUUAAAAUGGAUGGCAAAUAAUGGCUUUUUUAAAAGUAUGUACAGCACAGUAUAAAUGGUCGUGUAACACAUGCCUGAAGGACUAACUUGCCCUGCUUGUUCCUCUGAACAUCAGAGGCUUUCCCCUGGAUUUCCCAGCCAGCUGAAAUGCAGUGUUGGUCUGUGAGGACCAGGGCCGCCUUGGUUGUGGCGCCAGUAUAAGGAACACCCUUGUUCUGUUUUUUGUUCUGCUGCUUUUUUGGUUUUUAUCAUUGCUGUUGAUAUUGCCGUGCAUUUGAUUUUGCAAGUUGCUCAGCUUUCUUUGUGAAGAAGACCAGGUUAUGAUUUUUAAAAAAAUAAAAAUACAAAAAUAACGCAUGAAUAAUACCAUUGUAAUAAGAACGACUUGUGGUUUGCUUUUUAGAUCCACCAUCUCCGGAAGUAGACUUCGUAUCAGUACAAGGUUCUGCACCAUUAUUCAGCCUGAGGAAGGCAGAAGACAAAAAUGGACCAAUAAGGUCUCUGGAUUUUUGCUACACAUUUAAGAUACUCCCCAAACACAUAAUACUUACACUUCAAACUUUAUUUGCUUAGAUUAUUUUUUCUCUUUCAAAUUUCAUUACAAUUCAAAGGAUUUAAUUUCCUCCAUAUCUGGAUAUACUUUCUAUUGCAUAUAGCUAACUGCUUUUUGACCCAAAGAUGCAAUAAUCAACCAAAACACAGAAUCUUGUGCCAUGUAUGCAAGAUUUAUACCCCUUACAUUCUUCUUUAUUUAAUCUAGACAACCCCCCUCAGUUCCAUAGCUGUAGUCCACAGUAGAUUUUGAUCUCCAUUUCACCAUAAGUAAGUACUCAUUCCGUGAGUUCAUUAGUACAGUGGUACCUCGGGUUACAAACGCUUCAGGUUACAGACUCUGCUAAUCCAGAAGUAGUACCUCAGGUUAAGAACUUUGCUUCACGAUGAGAACAGAAAUCACGCAGCGGUAGUGGGAGGCCCCACUAGGUAAAGUGGUACCUCAGGUUAAGAACAGUUUCAGGUUAAGAACGGACCUCCGGAACGAAUUAAGUUCUUAACCAGAGGUACCACUGUAUGGGGAAAAGAUAAUAAGGGAUAACUAAUUUGCAUUAGGGCUGGACAUUGGAGGUGAAGAGGCAAGCUUGAUUUACGUGGCCUCCAUGGAAGCAGGGAAACCUCACGGUUGCGUUACCCAAGACUGCUAGAAUAGGGGCUAGCCUAUUUUUCAAAGGGAGGGGAUGGGUUUCGCUGUCUUCACCCAAAUGGUUCCAGAGAGUACUGUCUUCCCUGUAAAUGAGAAGCUACUAUUUAUGCGUGUGGAUUAAGGCACUGGAUGUAGCAUCACCUGUCGCUAAUGGUGGUUGCCUCCGUGUUCAAUGGAGAGAGAUGCUUAACAAUAGAUGUAAUCAUAGCUGUCAACCUUCCCUUUUUUGGCGGGAAAUUCCCUUAUUCCAGCACCGUUUCCCGCUGCUUCCCACUGCUAUCCCGGAUUGUUAGAUAUCCCGUAGACUGUCCCCAGGACAGGUGAGGCUGCUGAUCCCUUAUUUUCGAGGCUGCUGCUCCCUUAUUUUCAAAUCUGAAAGUUGACAGCUAUGGAUGGAAUGGAUCUCUCUACAUGGAAUGCAAAGAGACACACUACAUUCUAUUGAGAUCCCUGCAGUAUAUGCCCCUCUUUCCCAGUUUCCCAGCAUUGGUAAAGUAAGCAAUAAAGCCCCCCAGUUAACUUGCUCUUUUGUAAAUCCAGUGCUCUGAAUAGUGUGGUUUAGCCCAGCGUUAUUGAAGAAAGCAUAAAAAUUUAGGAUUACAGGGUUUUUUAAAAAAUAAAAUAAAAUACAGUACAACAAGCCAUUCAGUGAUGGCCAGUGAUUGAGAGCUUUUAAACAAAGCAGCACGUUGAAGAAAAUCAAUGCAGAAAUCAAAAGGCAAUUGUGUAUAAAUCACUUCUGACACUCCUUGAUGCUCUUCCAUCUCUUUCUAGUUCAUACCAAGUGAUUGUCAUUCCCUGGAGCCUACAGUGCAACUUUGAUUGUUACUCCUUGACUAGACUAGACUAUUUCAGCAAAGGCACUGAAUCAGAAGGCUAUGUGGCAGCAGAAAUCCCAGCCAAGGUCGUUGCUGACAACAUGCUGGUCUUUGCCCUCGGAGACAGACUUUACUAUGGGGAUUUUUACAAUGCUCCCCUGAAACAAGGAAAAGAUUAUUGUGUUAUACUGAGGACAAUCAGUAAAUGGAAUGGGGUAAGGACGCAGGCCAAAAUUCUUCCUGAAUAAGAAUGAUGCAUUUAUUGAUUUGAUUUUAUACCCUACCUUUCAACAGAUUCCCAUGACGACUUACAAAAAGUUAAUUAAAUUAAAACAAAAACAUGAACUUUGCUGGAUUUACGUAUAAGCUAAACAAGCUAUAGCUUAGGGCCCCACUCUCUUGGGGGCCCCCAAAAAAAAUUAAAGAAAAAAAACCAACCUGGAUGUACAUUUCCAAAAUAUAAGAUAAAAAACAAAUAAAAUAAAACCUACACACAGCAACAGUGUUUUGUGUUAUGGUGUAAAUAAUGGGCCCAGUCUGCUAGCCUGCUCCCUAAAAUAUCACUAUCACUAUUAAUAUACUUCUUCUUAAUUGUAUUUCAGUUCAACAAUUACUUUGAGCAAAUACAUAUUUUGUUAAUGUGCAAAUGGCGUUAGAUACCUAUUAGGUCCACAAAUUACCACAUAUUCAACACAAGAAACAGCCACAAUUUGUUGUUGACAAAGGACAGCUGGACAUAUAAAGGGCCCCAUUACCUUCAGUAGCUUAGGGCCUCAUCACACCUAAAUCCAGCCCUGGUUGCAAUCCUAUACAUGUGUUUUCAGAAGUAAGUUUUGUUGAGUUGGGGAUGUCAGAAGCUGCCUUAGAUGGAGUCAAAUCAUUGGUCCACCCAGCUCCUCAUUGUCUACAGGAUAGACCAGGUACAUUCUCAUCCCCACCUGGAGAUGCUAGGGAUUUAACCUGAGACCCUCUGCAUGCGAAGGAGAUGAUCUGCUACUGAGCUACAGAAGUCAGUCCCACCCAUGAAGCCAGGUGAGGCGACUGUCUCAGACAGCAGGAUCCACUGGGGCAGCAGGUUCUGAUGUCAAUCUAUCUCCCCUCCCUUGUUCCUGGUGUAGACCUUUCCUCACCCCUUCUUCCUUGCCAGGGAGGGGGGCAACAUUUGGGGGUCCGUCUCAGGUGACAAAAUGUCUUGGGCUGGCCCCAACUCCCAUUGAACUGAAAAGCUGUAGAUCAGUGGUGGAGCAUCUGCUUUCGGAUGCAGCCUAAAAGACUACAGUCACACCUUGGUUCUGAAACAGAAUGAGUCCCGGGAGUCCAUUCAACUCCUGGAACCAUUUGGAAACCAAGGCCCGGCUUCCAAUUGGCUGCAGGAGCAUCCUACAUCCAAUCAGAAGCUGCAGAAGCAGCACCGGAUGUUUCAGCUUCCAAAAAUUGUUCGGAAACCGGAACACUCACUUCCAGGUUUCGAUCAUUCGGGGGCCAAUUUGUUCAGGAGCCAAGGUGUUUGAGAUCCAAGGUGUGACUGUACAUUGUAAAUGCAGUUAGCGGAACUAAAAAACAGACACCAGGAGGCAUAAAAGACUUUGUUCAGAAGGUUAAGGAACUUGGGAAAAUAAUAAUGAUGAUGAUAAUUACCUCGUGCCAAAAUAACACCCGCAAGGAUCCAUGUAGAGAGCACUUUGCAGUUGGGCUAUAACUGUGGAAUUGCCCUUUGUGUACAUGUAGAGAUAAGCAAACCUUCAGGCAUCCUAAUCCCAAACUGAUGGGUUUUAUAUGGAAAAGUUUAUUAAACAUUGUAUAUAAACAUUGUAUUAAAUAACAUUAAAGUUUUUUUAAUAUUUAACAUUAUAACUUCUAUACCCUAGUUGUCCAAAACAAGUUCAAGAUUUCCAACAGAACUCCCCCAGUGUUUUGAUGUAAUAGGGCCUAGCUGCUUCAGUACCAUAAAACUUCUAAUCUAUCAUUUUUUAAAAAAAGGUAUACAAGUGCACUAUAUCCCCUGUGUGAAAAUAGAAUUUUCAUUUAUUGAAAUGUCUGGUUUUCCAAAUUCUUCUCAAGUCACUCACCCUUUUCAAAUGAAGAAAGCUUAAGUAGUGCUUUCAGAAAUCCUCGUCACAUGAAUAGACAUAUCCUUUUAUAUGUUGAAAUAGGAUUAAAAAUAGAAACUUAAAGAAAAAAUGAUCCCGUGAGGCACAUGUACCAAAUCUUAUUAACAGUGGAAUUAAAGUUGUGCAUUUUUAGUGAACAAUAGUUGGUUAUUGUGUGGCGUAUUCUUCCAAAUUGUUUCAUUCCAAGAUGCUGUUUUCUUGAAAGCUUUGUGCUCACUUCCGACUGUGGACAGGAAAUUGAAGCUUUGUAUCAGGACAGGUUUUUUUCUUUAGUCAGCCCAAAGUAUAAUUCCUCCAGGCUAAGCCAUUUGUUUUGCAGGCCAUUCUGUGCGAUAAAAUAUUUUCCUCAGAUCACAUCAAUGAUACAUUUGGGUUUUUCCUUCCGACCAGGUAGAAAGUAAUUACAGGUAGGAGUUAGAAGAGAGACUAAGGUUGGUGGGACAGGGCCCCAUUCAUCCUUAUGGACCAGUCUUCACUGCUUCCAACAGCAGUGAAUUUUUAGACAAAUAGUCUAAAUCAGGGCCAGAUUUAGGUUUGAUGAGGCCCUAAGCUACUGAAGGUAAUGGGGCCCUUUAUAUGUCCAGCUGUCCUUUGUCGACAACAAAUUGUCGCUGUUUUUUGUGUGUUGAAUAUAUGCUAUACAGUGGUACCUCUGGUUGCGAACGGGAUCCGUUCUGGAGGCCCGUUCGCAACAUGAAAAGCCCGCAACCUGAAGCGCUGUAUCUGCGAUUUAGUACUUCUGCGCAUGCGUGAGCGGUGAAACCCAGAAGUAACCCUUUCCGGUACUUCUUGGUCGCCAUGGGACGCAACCUGAAAAAACGUAACAUGAAGCAAACGUAACAUGAGGUAUGACUGUAUGGUAAUUUAUGGACAUAAUAGGUAUCUAAAGCCAUUUGCACAUAACAAAAUAUGUAUUUUUCAAAGUGAUUGUUGAACUGAAAUACAAUUAAGAAGUAUAGUAAUAGUGAAAUACAAUUAAGAAGAAGUAUAUUUUGGGGGUUGGGGCCAAGAGAGUGGGGCCUUAAGCUAUAGCUUGUUUAGCUUAUACGUAAAUCUGGCACUGGUCUAAAUGAAACAGCAGAACAGUGAGUGCUAUUAAGCAGAACAAAAAUGUUGGCAAACACCAGCGCUCUUGGCAAUUAGAAACUUGCUUUGCUCAUUUAUGCAUUGUCAUAAGCUUCAAUCACUCCCCUUCCAAACAUUAUUAGCCAGUGUAAGAAACUUGCUCAAUUGUUAUUUUUGUUUCUCGUAGAAGCUUCAUUUAUCCUAAUACCCUUUUGCUUUUCACCACUGGCUUUUUUAAAAGAAAAGAUAUUAGCUAAGCACUAGUAAUCCCUUCUGUGACUGCUAUCCUUUCCCAUUGAACUAAAUGAGUAAACUCACAAAGGAUUGCAUCUAAAACAUGUUGUUGUUGUUUAGUUGUUUAGUCUUGUCCGACUCUUUGUGACCCCAUGGACCAGAGCAUGUCAGGCACUCCUGUCUUCCACUGCCUCCCGCAGUUUGGUCAGACUCAUGCUGGUAGCUUCGAGAACACUGUCCAACCAUCUCGUCCUCUGUCGUCCCCUUCUCCUUGUGCCCUCCAUCUUUCCCAACAUCAGGGUCUUUUCCAGGGAGUCUUCUCUUCUCAUGAGGUGGCCAAAGUAUUGGAGCCUCAGCUUCAGGAUCUGUCCUUCCAGUGAGCACUCAGGGCUGAUUUCCUUCAGAAUGGAUAGGUUUGAUCUUCUUGCAGUCCAUGGGACUCUCAAGAGUUUCCUCCAGCACCAUAAUUCAAAAGCAUCAAUUCUUUGGUGAUCAGCCUUCUUUAUGGCCCAACAGGACAAUAACUUCAGUAUAAAACUUCUGUGGAUUAGAGCAGCCUAACUAGGUCCAUCAUGAACCCAGAUGAAUAACGAUAUCUCAGGUUGCUGGCGAUGGAAGCGCCACAGUGAGGCCGCUGUGGGGAUGGGAGCUCCACUGCCAAGAACAGCCCACCCAACCUCCCCACAGAUCUCAAAACCUAGGCUGAAAUAAUAGUACGCAGUAGAUACUUGCCAUGGCCCUGGAUUCACCGAACAAUGUAACUAGUUCCAGAAGUCCAAAAGAGAUUUUGAAUGUGGUUUCUGAGCAGCCCCAUUCCCAAUGAUGCAUGGCAAACUUCAUUUGAAGCCAAAGGGUGUUUCAAAAGUCACUUAUGAUUCAGCAUAGGGAAAAGGAAUAAAAGAAAACUCCACAAAGUAUGUCCAAACCCUAGGUUGCAGCUAAUGGACCUUAGGCAUUAUACCUAAUGAUAAAUGCCAUUAAUGGAUACAAUACAUCAUACUCAAACCUCUGAAAGAAGUAGGCUGUAUUCUAGCCCAUUGAUGUCAAUGUAGCUAGCAAGCAGUCAUUGAUGGUGUGCUGGGUUGCAGCCAGAGAUGGACAUCACAGUAAUGCAAGGGUGGCAAACCUGAAACCCUAAUUCCCAUCUUGUUCUUGAACUGUAUUAAUUUGGACUGCAGGCGCAGUUCACGUGACAGAAUUUUCCUCCAUACAAUAAAUAAAUAAAAUUCCCUGAAAGGUUAUGAAGCAAGGCUAGAACACUCUCCUUGACAUGCCAGCAUUCUGUGUUCAAGAAUUUUAAUUUUCUGUAUGGAGGAAUAUUUAGUGCUCCCUCUCCCCACUCUGCAAUCUAAUAUAAUGCAGUUCACAUACACAUUACAGAAAGGCUUGACCUUCUGCCUAUGUUAGGAAGUUUGUGGCAAAUAUCUUUUUUAUUCUACCAGCCUUUUUGAUGCAUUUGGUUGGGUGCAUUUUAGUCCCCUUGCUGGGUUUUAUUGAUUCUUGUGAUGGUUUUAUGCUGUGUUCUUUUUGUUUUGAUAUUUAAUUGUAUGUAUUGAUUUUGUUUGUAUUCAGUUUAUUGGUGAGGGUUCCCCCCCAAAAAAUGUCCAGAAGACCUGGCAAUUUGGUGAUAUAUAAAUGCCAAAAUAAAUAAUUAUAUCUGUGUGAGCUUUCAGCCUUUGUCCCUUAGGAAAGCAAUGAUGCAGUUUGUGUUAUUUUCCCCCCUCAGGUGAAAAAGCAAUCCUGUGUAGUCUGGGCUCAGAUUAAAGGUAAGUUUUCUGUUGACUGAGGAACCAACAACUAACUUCCAGUUGCUCCUGUUAUGAAAAUAGCAAUUCAUGUGGCCGUUGUUUAACGAAUUUAUAUUGUUACAAAAGUCGGAUGCCUUCCCCCUCCCUCUGCCGAGCGGUGGCAAGAGCCCAUGGGGUCCCAGGCACCCACUGCUCCUUUGCAGAUUUGAAGACGCAGCAGAGACAGUCGUGGCUUUCAUAAAUAUGGUUUAUUCACCUAUUUACACCUUCAGUCUGCAUGGAGGGAGUCCAGAUCUUACAGCAUGGCCAACCCCAGUGCAGGCAACCUUCAGCCUGCCUGUCCAAGAUGGAUCUCAGCUCUUCUUCCUCUUUCUUCCCAGAAACCCUUUUCCUGUCCCCUCAAACCUUGGUAACAUCUCACUCCCCAAUGGCCCAUCAACACCUUUUGUCAUGUUAAUAGGUUUGACCUUCACUCAGUCAUCCAGGCUGUUUUGCAUAAGCCAGCCCAGGAAUUCACUGAAUUCCCUAUCUGGCACUGUUCUGUAUUUUAACCCCUAUUCCAAUUAAUCCAAACCCUAGCAUUUAUUAAUUUCUAGGGUUCCUGGGGGUUCCCCCUCUUAAACCUAUAACAAUAUGUCACGCUAUCAUACUUCAGAACUAAAGAGGUGAAGGUCUAGAGCAGAUGGGCGAAUGUGACAAAACUCUCAAAAUGUAGAGAAAGGAAGUCCACUCACUCACUCUGCUGGGUGCUAUUGCAGGCUGGCAUUCCCCUGCACACUGGGAUGUGAUGUGGUAACUCCCAGGGACUGUCUCUGGACCUUAGCAAUCAGCUGGUCACCACUGCAUGCAGUUAACAAGAUCUACCUUUGCUUGAAUUCAUCUGCCUUGUUCAGCGUCCUGGGGAUUCCUAUAAGCCCCAGGAUAAAUGGGGAAGUUUGGGGAUCACCACAUUACUGUAAAGGAAGAGUGAGAAAAGAAAGCCCUGGGUAAGAAGUACAACUGCUUUUGAGAAAGACAAUUCCAUGUAGUUCGUGACAUUUCUUCAGUUGGGUGCUGGCUACUGUCUGGUUGAUGUCUGGAGAAAAAAAGCAGGAAACCCAGCAUUUGAGCUUUGUUACAGUACGUAAACUUCAGUCCCUUCUGACAAUGAAUCACAAGACUGAACUGCGUCAUUUGGUGGGUGCCUACUUGAAUUUUAAUUUACUUUUCUUUCAGAUUUAUCAUCCCCGCCACAGCGUCUGACUAUUGUUUUAUUGGGGUCAGUUGCUGCUCUCUGCUCCAUCCUGUUACUGUUGCUCUCUGUGGCAUGGUAUGUGGUGCUAAGAAUUCACUUUGGUAACUUUCUUCUUGUCUGCUAGACUUAACUGUGUACAAAAGAAUGGAUAACACAGUAAAUUUCUUGGAAGCUAAGAGGGAGACAGAUGUAGAAUUCUGAAGGGCAGUUACAGGAGACCUUUGCCUACAAUGUGAACCCACUUUGAAACUUUUGUUACAGACAUACAUAUGAGGGAGCGGAAUGCUCCUCCAGCAAGUUGCCUCCCAUUCCACAACAUUGUUGUCUCCCCCAACCCCAAAUUAUGUUCUGGACGAACUGUGUCCUUUAAAAGAAAAAAGCAGCACUGCACAUGCACACAAAACUGAUACCUUUCACCUUCAUCUUGCAAAACUAAUUUGGGAACUAGGGAACUGGGACAGGCAGUGAGGUUCCUAGUGAUGUCACUGACACUAUUCAUAAGGCUCUUAGCACCAUCAGGUCAAAAAGACUCAGAGUGGCAUUCAGUUAAACAAUUGCGCAAGCAGAAGUACUUCCGUUUGCACAACAGGACUUCCCCAUAUGUGCCCUGCGUUGUCUCCAGAUCUCCUCUAGAGGGUUGGUGGAACAAAUUUAGGAGGGCAUGGGAAAAGGAGAGGGAGGAACCUCCCACUGCACAAUGAGAAAUCCUUGCACUAAUGGAACAUGCACCUUAGAACUGUGUUGAAAAUCUCACGCUGGAAAAUCUGCGGAGCCUUUCAGUGACAACCAAAAUGUGGCAAAGCUGUGGUCCUUUGGAUUUACAGCUCCCUCCAUCCCUGACCAUUGGCUGGAACUGAUGGGAGUUGGAGUCCAACCACAUCUAGAGGACAACGUGGGCAACACUAUCAGACCACCCCUGUCUCUAUUAUUGAGCCAGUUGUUUUGAUCAAGCGAGAGAAACAGUAAUUGUUUCAUGUUUAAAACGUAUUUCAAGGCUUAAAAAAAUAUGGGCCAGUUCAUACACAAUGCGGAACCACAAAUUCCUGCUACACAAAUGAUCCUCAGGAUUCAUACAUUUCUUCUUUCUCUCUUCCUGUUUGGCCACAAGGAGGAUAUCAAAAGCUUCUGCUUUUAAAGAAAUCAUUUCCUCUUUAUUCUGUCCACACAAAAGGAAGUUUAAAUUGUGCUUUCUUAGAACAAGCCAGAACAAGCCGGAACCAUGAUUUGCUCCUGUUUUGUUUUAACAAUCUACAGUUUAAACAAACCACAGUUCCUGGGUUUCAGACGUAAUGGAGAACUGUGGUUUGCUUUAGGGCUUAUUCACACUUAGCUUUUGCCCCGCUCUUACCAGGCACAGGUCCAUGUGCCCAACAGCAUUGUAUUUAUUUUUUUGCUGUGGCACUUUCUCCAUGAAAACCCAUUCUUUAGUGCUCAAUCAGAGCAACCAUCAGUUUGGGAAAGCUCCAGAUCAAAAAAAGGAUGCUCAGACACAGAACUCCAAAGUGUGGACUGUGCCUGGGAAAAGUUAGUGUGGAUAAGCCCCCCCAAAAGGAAUGCUUCAGAUACCAUCCUCAUGGCCACUCAAAAGGAGGCAGGGUAAGCAGGAAGUGUGCAAUCCUGAUUCUUGUUCAGGCUCUUUUACCUAAUCCAUAGUUUCCCAUUACGUCUGAACAGGCCCUCUUUCUUCAGGUAACUGCAUUCACUAUAUAUAAGAUCCCCUUUGCCACUUAGCUCUGCCUGUUUGGUAAUUUUAAAUACGUUUUCAACCAAGAGGUGUGUUUGUAGACACUUUAUUUCUGUUCUCCUGUUUCAUGUCUCACCCGAGAGGCAAAUGGCCUGCUUAUUUUUGCUUAGGAACUGGGAAGAUCUAGUCAAUUUAAUCUGCAUGUUUGGCAUUCAGAAUUGCACGAGAGAUAUUUGGAGAGAGAAGGAAUAGCGAACAAGGAGGGUUUUGCUUUGGGGGUGGGGAGUUAAUUAGAUUCUCAUGAUUCAAAUCCCAAAGCAAAGUUUCCCCCCAAUAGUGCCUUUGUGCUCGUAAUUGGUAGUUGACCAGGAAAGCACUGAUACCUGUUCCCUCCUGACUCUGGAGUGUAUGAUAAAUCUAAUGUAAUUCUAAAACUCCCAACUGAGUUUUUGUUUAGAAUGAUAACUAUCUGGAGUGGGUAUUUAUUUAUUUAUUUUACUGCAGAAGGCAUUUAACAAUAAAGAUGAUAGCAGAUUAAGAUAGGAUUGUGCCUUUAUUAGAAACGCAGGAAACUGACUUGAUGUGUUGAACGUGAGAGGACUGCUAGGGAGCCAUUUGUGGGGAGGGGGAAAUUGGAAAGCUUUGCAACUUUGCCUUCUGCUCAAGGGCACUAUUCAGCAAUAUAAUUUAUACCCAGUUUUGCAGGACAAUGUGUACCUUUUUAUCAUGGAGUCUUGGCUAAACAAACCCUGGCCCAUUGCAGGGUUGGGUAAUUAUGCGCUGGAUAAAUUCCAGAUACUGUAUAUUCUGGGAAGUGGCCAACUGUGAAUCAGAUUCUUCUCUAUGCAGAUUUUGUAGCUCAAUGCACAGAGUAUUUUAACUUUAACUGUUGUUGUUUUUCCUCCCUCCGUCAACUCCUUUUCGUGGUUUCUUAUCUGUACAAUGCAGCACGACACAGCACAUAUCUCCAUCUUCACUGCCCAGAAAAGCAUUUUCCAACGAUACUGGACAUUUAUCAAUCACUGUCGAUAUUGCCAGGAAGAACAUUGCAUCGUCUUCUUCUCCCAUGCUUCAGACCAUCUCUCUUCUCUAAUGUGUGCAUCCACCAAUAACCUGUAAAGAGAGAAUCAUGUUUUUAAAAUGGCAGUCCCUGUCUUGGGUGCUUGGAACAAGCAAAUCCACCCACAGAAUGUCAGCUACUGUUUCCACAUUAGGAAGCCAAGGGAUAUUUUCUGUUUUGAUUCCUCAUUUCCUUUUCAUUUCUGAACUGUGUUGGGGGAAAAGUUCUUCUGUAUACCCACAUCUUCACUUGAAAUCCUUAGCAAGUGUGGCAACUUACCCUCAGCCUCUGUUUGAGGCUGUUUUUUGGGGGCUGGGGAGGUAAACAAAGGGAAAAUUGCUUUUACAUCCCCCAGUAAAAAGUAUAUAUGAAUAAGGAAAUACUGUCUCAUGUUUCAGCUGAGCUGGUCUGUUGCAUCAGGCUGCAGUCACAAAGCACUGAGCCAUCUAAGUCUGAGGCUUUUUUUGAUAAUAAAACAUUCUUCUGUACUUUAGAUACUGCUACAUGCUUUUGAUCACAUUGCUGUCACUGGAAGCCUCUUCAAGGCAAAAUGUUUCCAAAGCUACACUGUUCACUUGGGAAUUAAAAGAAGAAAAGCUUUUAUUUUUCA